GGCUGAGGCAGACAGAAUCUCCAGUGACCCGUCGCCCAGAGUUUUUCUAGACUUCUAGUAGACUCCCUCGAUCUAGAAUCUAGAUCUAGAUCUGAAGAAUUAUAUUAAAAUGCCAUAUGUUAUAAUCAGUACUCAAAUCCGACUGGAUGUCGGACCUACAGUUGUUGGUGAUGAAUGGAGUGACAGGGAAUUGAUGGAAUAUUUAGAUGCUACACUCAUUAAACAACUAGGAAAUAAUUACAGCGCUCAGUAUAGAACAGAGGCUGCACCAAGAGUAGUCCUAGAAAAGCUUGAGAAGAGAGGAUACAAACUAGUUGCCAUGACCGGUGUAGGCCAGACCUGUAUUUGGACAUUGCACAAGGAAAUUAGUGAUUCAGAAAAAGCUCUGAGUAGUUCAAGUAGUGAUGCUUUUGAAAGCCCAAAAAUUGAAAGCAGAGUAGCUUUACCUGGGUCUCUGAUGCACAUUAUUCUUACAUUUUGUGACUAUUGCAAGAGAUGGCCUGUGUGUCUAAGGCGCUCUUUGCUGGAUAAAGCGUGACCUGACCCUGUUGAAGAAGUUAAGUGCAUACGUGUUAAAACUUUUUGUAUAAUGGUUUAGACGCAUUUAAAAGGUUAUUUCAAAGCAGUUUGCUAUGUUAAUAAGAUUUUUUAUUAAAUUUGUAUUAACUACUCUAAUUUUAUUAUGAAGUUAAAUUAUGUAAAUUAAAAUAUUUAUAUUUUUGCUUAUACAAGUUAUUAUACAAGUCUAAAUGUAAAUUGCAAGAUAUCUGUUCAGAUGUACCUACUUUUAAAUUUUUUCAAACAAGAAAUCAUUUAAAUUUUAACAUUAAAACUAAAUUCAUUUGGUAUAUUUUUAAAUUUUCACAACCUAGAUAAAUAGGCAUACAGAAAAAUAUAGUGACCUAUAUUUAUGCAUUUAAGCAGUUUUGAUUUUCAUUGACUUAAAAAAAUGUAUCUGGUAUUUUUCCUGUUUUGAGGAGUUUAACUUUUCUCUCAAGUAUUUUUGCAUAUGUGUAGUACAUACAGUAAUGUAUAUUUAAAAUGAUGAUUUUAGUAUUUGCAAUUAAAAUCAAAUUCAUUAAGUUUUUAAAAACUGAUGUAUAUAAGUUUAAGAAUUCUCAACAUUUUCUGGCAUUUAAGUAGAAGUAUUUUAAAGGUACAUCUACAUAAUGGAUAGUUAUUUAUUAAGUAAAUAAGCAGAGAGCAUACGAGUGUGGGGAGAUUUUAGAGGCUUAAUGUAUAACUGCUAAAAUAAAUAGUGUCCAUACUUGGCAGAAAUUCACAGAUCUGUUUGGAAUGCAAAAUCUGUGAUUAGUUAGGGGACACCAUUUCCUUUUUUACUUUCUCGUAUAUACAAAGUAUAGAGAAAGUAUUGUAAUCAUGCAAAAAAAAAAAAAAAAAAAAAAUCGAGAUUUUUGCAAAUCUCGACGUUUUACACCUCCCUGAGUCGGAAAAACAUAAUUUUGCAAUCUUGUCUGUGUGUGUAUGUGUGUGUGUGUAAACACGAUAAUUUGAGUACCGUUACAGCUAGGUUGAUGAAAUUUCAUUUAUAAGUAUUAUAUCAAAAUCGUAGAUCUGUAUCAACUUUUGAGCGAUUUCCGAUAACCGGAAGUGGAACUUUUUCUACUUUGAAUUUUUCAAAAGCCUAUAACUUGAGUACUAUUUCAGAUAGAUAAUAAAUGAAAUUUCACAUGUAUUUUGUAAGUAAAAGAUCUAAUUUUCUGCCUUCUGUCAAAUUUCCGUUGAGCGGAAGUAGUAAUUUUCACUCUUUCCGAUUUCUAAAAAAACGCAUGUGAAUUUAUAAAGUACUAAUAAUAUUCCGCACUAUUAUACACAUCUUUAUUCGGCAUUCGCUUGGUGCGCAAUUCUUUUUUCUAUGAGAUUCUAUUCUAUUUAAAAAAGUUUAAGUAAUUAAAAUGGAUUAAAAAUUAUAAUUAUAUCCCGAGUUCCCAUCCCCUGUUGUUUUAUAUAAGAAUUUUCGAGAAAGUUUAGGGGAGAUCACUCCCUGUUUAUUUGACAAAUACUGCAUAUUUUAUUGAUUCUAGGGAGAUCACCCAACCCUAGCUCCCCUGACUACAUAGCUUGUUUUUAUUGUUAGCAAUCAUUUUUUAAAACCUUUUGUUCAUUUGUAAAUGUAUUUUCUGUUAAAUGAUGUUAAUUUGUUUAACAGUUGCUGGUGAUGUUGAACCACUGAGUCAGAACCAUGAGUUGGUUAGGCUACUUGGUCGUAAGAAAGGUUGUAGGGAAUGCGCCUCCAACAGUGUCAAAACACCAGGGGGCAGAACCCCAGAAACUACGUAUG